UUUAUUGUCUUUGGAUCUUUUAAAGGAACACUCAGGUGUUUAUUUGCCCAAAACUGUACAAAGGAAAGGUAUUUUUUUUUUUCUCUUCCAAAAUCCCAAACCCUGAAACCCGUUGUAUUGUUCUUCCAAGAUCUAUCAAAGUUUGAAGGCUUUAUAUUAGUCUUAGGUUUAGUUUGGUCAUUAGGGUUUAUCAAAAUUUCCACUUUUUUCUUUGGAAAUUCUCAAUCUUGGAGCUUUUUUUUGAUGAUUUUGAGAAAUACCCAGAUUAGAUUCUCAAUGGAUGAAACUAAAGAGAAGGGUGGUUUGUUUAGUAAUGCUACGGAACUUUUAGUAGCUGUUAGUGAAACUGUAGUUGAGUGUCAACGGCUUAAAAAAUUUUCACCCUUUUGUUUUAUCACAGUGAUUUAUGUGGUAUUAGAUUGUGUCUUUUGCCAGUUUUUUCUUUUUCAAAUUUCAAUGUUGGAGUUUCAGUUUUGACUGUUUUGAAAAAUACUCAGAUCUGUUAUUUAAUGGAUGAAGCUAAAGAGAAGGGUGGUUCAGUGAGUAGUGUUACAGACUCUUCAGUAACUGUUAGUAAAACUGUUUUUGAGACAAUGAUUUGUGAGGAUCAAUUUCAGAUUGAGGAAGGAGGGGAAGCGGGUCCUAGUAAUGGAGAUGAUAUAAUGGUGGAGGUUUUGGGUUCUCAUGUUUAUGUAGAUGGUAUUUGCACUACUGAGGGGGGAGAUGCAGGUGUGGUUGGGGCUGGUUCGAAUGAUGAAGCAGUUCUUUGUCGUGAUGAAUCAGGUGAAGUUGGUUUGGAGGGUAAUUUGCGAAGCUUAGAUGGUGGAGGUGAUGCUGCUGGUGAUUUGCGUUCAAGGAGUGAGGUUUCAGGUGGUGAAGCUAGGGCCCAGAAUGAGGUAAAUGGAUCUGGGAUUGAAGGUUCCCGAGCACCUGGAAGUUCUGCAGGUGGAGAAGCUGGUGAGAAUGCAGAUCGAACAAGUGUAAUGAGUGAAGGAGGGGUAGAUGCAAAUCAAGCUUUGGAGACACAAAAAAUUGGUGAUUUGGAUAGUGAUGAAUUGAAUCAUGGAAACCAGAAAACAGUUGUAUGUUCGUCAGCAUCUGAAGAUUCAAGCAUGCAAACUAAAGUUAUUGAUGAAGCUGCAAUGAUGAUCGAUGGGGAAGAUUUGAAUAGAGUGGAUGGUGCUCGUGGAACUAUAUCUGCUGCUGAUUUAGAUGUCAAAUCCUCGGAUGUGAAGAUACAGGUUACUGCCAAAGAUAUUCCCCAUUCUGAAGCUAAAGAUUCGGUUUGUUCAUGUCAGUCAACUGAAAUGGUUGUUGAAGGUCAAUUGGACGACAAGGUUAAUUCAAACAUGGAAAUUGAUGAGCAAGGUACUGAUUCUGAGCAAUGGCAGAUGGAAGUUUAUUCUUCUUGCCAGGGCACUGAAAAGCAUGCCACAGGAAAUGACCAAAGCUUAAUGUCUGAGACAGUCAUUGACAGAGGAGAGGAAGUUGAUUUAAGUAUGGGGGAAGCAAUGGAUAUUGAAAAGCAGGUUUCUGAUGCCAAAAAUGUUAGUUUUGAUGUAGACCAAGAUGUUAAAGUUCAAGAAGAGCCUGUUGAAGUUGAGACAAUGCGUGUUGGCACUGAAAAUCAUAGAAAUGCAUGUGAAGGUUCAGAAUCGAUGGGUCACCAAGCAGAGGCGUUUGUUGGUAGUGAUGAAGUUGAAGCCUCAAAAGUCGAUAACAAUGUUUCAAACCAAAUAUCUAUCUCUUUUGCUUCAGACAAUGCGUUACAUUCCUUGGGAAAUGAAGAUAAGCUAGCUAAGAAUGCAGCUUAUGAGGAUGAUUCAAGUGUAGGGCAAGAUGUGAAUGUUGAAGAACCAGUUACUGGUGAUGAACAGGAUGGUUUAGAUAAUGUGCAAGAAAUGGAAUUUGAAGAACAUGAUACUGAUUCUGAACAGCCUUCCAACAUUGAUGAAAAGACUGUUAAACGGACAACUCUAAAGUCUAUGAGUUCAGUAAAGGAGCAUCAAGCUAAGUACCAGCUGCUUUCAGAGGAAGAAGGUGCAUUUUCUGUUUCUGAUUUAGUCUGGGGUAAGGUGAGGAGUCAUCCAUGGUGGCCAGGACAGAUAUUUGAUCCUUCAUAUGCUUCUGAGAAGGCCAUGAAGUAUUAUAAGAAGGAUAGCUUUCUGGUAGCCUACUUUGGGGAUCGAACAUUUGCUUGGAAUGAAGCAUUUCUUUUGAAGCCAUUUCGAACACAUUUCUCUCAAAUAGAGAAGCAGAGUAAUUUAGAAUCAUUCCAACAUGCUGUCAAUUGUGCUUUGGAAGAAGUCUCUGCACGGGUAGAGCUAGGUUUGGCUUGCUCUUGCAUACCGCAGGAUGUCUAUGACAAGAUAAAAGUACAAAAAGUUGAGAAUACGGGAGUUUGGCAAGAAUCAAGUACAAGAGAUGGUGUUGAUAUAUCUUUGAGUGCUAGUUCUUUUGAACCUGAUAAAUUAAUUGACUAUAUGAAAGCAUUAGCAGAGUCUCCAUCUGGUGGGGGUGAUCGACUUGACCUUGUGAUAGCUAAAGCUCAAUUGUUGGCAUUCUAUCGUUUAAAAGGUUAUCAUCAGCUAUCUGAAUUCCAAUUCUGCAGAGGUUUAAGUGAAAAUGAAGCAAAUACCUCACAUUCUUACGAGAAAAUGCACUUUAGUGAGGUAAUUGAGCGUGCUACUCCUAUGGAUACGGAUGGUGAGCAAAUUUCCACUGGCCAGGAGACUUCAAAAACUCAGAGAAGCUCUUACCUUAAACGUAAGCAUAAUCUGAAGGAUGGAUCAUAUCCUAGUAAAAGGGAAAGAAGCUUGUCUGAAUUGAUGGGUGAGACAGUUGAUUCUCCUGAUGGUGAAAAUGGGUCUGAUGGGAUAGCUAAUAAGCUCCCUUUAUCAUCUUCUGGCCAGAAAAGAAAAGCGGUUGAUUCCUUUGAGGACUCAGGGAUGCAGGAAGGGAGGAAGACAAUUUCUCCGGCCAAAGUGUCUCUAACAUCAACUCAUUCUCCAAAGUCUUCCUUUAAAAUUGGUGAAUGUAUCCGUAGAGCUGCAAGCCAAAUGACUGGAUCUCCAUCGAUUCUGAAGUCUAGUGGUGAUAGGCUACAGAAGCUUGAUGGAUGUGGUGAAAAUCCUGCUGCAGAUGGAUAUGAUGUUCCCAUUGAUACUUUUGAGGAUGGCCUGCGAAAGAGGAUGAAUGUUAUAACUGAAUGCUCAUCGCUGGACGAGUUGUUAGCGCAACUUCACUUGGCAGCAUGUGAUCCCAUGAAAAGUUACAGUUCUUUUAAUAUUAUUACUGGCUUCUUCUCUGAUUUCAGAGAUUCAGUGGUUCAGGAUCAACUUCCUGGGGACAAAGCAGGUGGCAAAAGGAAGAAGUCACCAAGUUCUAUCAUUGGUUCUCCAGAAACUUUUGAGUUUGAGGACAUGAAUGACACGUAUUGGACUGACAGGGUGGUCCAAAAUGGUUCUGAAGAGCACCCAUCACAUGGAAAUGGAAGGGGACAAUAUCAAAUUGUGCCUGUUGAAUUAGGGAAACCUCUUCAAAAAGGCCGUAAGUCUAGGAAACGAUAUUCUGAUGUCAAUCAUGAUUUGACAGUACAGAAAGCUCCUGGCUAUGCGGAUGAGAAGGCCCCAGCAGAACUUGUUAUGAACUUCUCUGAGAUUAAUUCUGUUCCUUCAGAAACAAAGCUAAAUAAGAUGUUCAAGCACUUUGGACCACUAAAGGAAUCUGAGACAGAAGUUGAUCGUGAAACCAGCCGUGCUAGAGUUGUUUUUAGAAGAUCCUCUGAUGCAGAAGUUGCCUACAAUAGUGCUGGAAAGUUCAAAAUCUUUGGGCCAGUGGAUGUAAAUUAUCAACUCAACUACACUAUAUCUGAAUCUUUCAAAGCUUCGUUGUAUGCUCCCAUCUUAGCUGAGGAGACUCCACUCAUUGCUUCAGCCCACCUAUGUGGGGACCACGCACUUCUUGCCUCAACCCUGGGUGAGGAAACUUCACUCAUUACCCCAAGCCUAGGUGAGGAAGCUUCAUUCAUGGUUUCAACCCUUGGUGAGGAAACCUUACCCCUUGCUGCAACUUUCCAUGAGGAACCUUCAAUAAUAGCCUCAACCUUAGGCAAUGAAACUUCUGUCAUUGCCACAACCAUAUAUGAGGAAACAUUGCCUAUUAUUGCCACAGCCACGUAUGAGGAAACAUUGCCUAUUGCCACAACCACGUAUGAGGAAACAUUACCCAUUGCCACAACUGCAAGUGAGGGAACAAUGGCUUUUGUUACAACUAUUGGUGACCAAACUUUUACAGAUAUCGUAACUGCAGGUGAACAAUCUUCAACAAUUGUCACAACUAUGAGUGAGCAAACCUCGACAGUUGCCUCAACCUUGGUUGAUGAUGCUUCUCUCUUCAUGACAACGUUGAGCAAUGAAACUUCGGCCAUCACGACAACCUUGGGUGAGGAAACUUCAACAGUUGAUGCAAGCUUGGGUGAGGAAACUUCUACCAUUGUUACUUUAGUUCAAGAAACUUCAACCAUUCCCACAACCUUGGGUGAAGAAACUCCUAGCAUUCUCACAACCUUGGGCGAAGAAACUCCUACCUAUCCUGUAACCUUGGCAGAAGAAUCCCCUACCAUUCCCAUAACUUUGGGCGAAGGAAUUCCUAAUCUUUGCACAACUGUGGGUGAAGAGACUCCAGUCAUUUCUGCAACGUUCAGUGAAGAAACUCAAGCCAUUCCUCCAACCUUCAGCAAAGAAACCCCUAAUGUUCCUGCAAACUUGGGUCAGGAAACUCAGACCAUUCCUACAACAAUGGGUGAGGAAACUAUGACCAUUCCUGCAAUCUUGGGUGAGGAUACUACUGUUCCCACAACCUUGCACGAGGAAAUUUUGGCUGAGGAAACUCCAACAAAUCCUACAACCUUGGGUGAGGAAACUUCAACUAUUACCACAACAUUGGGCGAGGAAAGUCCAAUGAAUCCUACAACCUUGGGUGAGGAAACUCCAAUCAAUCCCAUGACAUUGGGCGAGGAAUCUUCAAUUAUUCCCACAACCUUGGGUGAGGAAACUUCAACUGUUCCUACAACCUUGGGUGAGGAAACUUCGACUGUUCUCACAAUUAAUGGUGAGGAAACAUCAACUGUUUGCACGACUAUUGAAACGGAGACUUUGCUCCCUGUGGUGGCUGAAAGAAAGGAAUCUGCAACUUGAUAUCUCCACCGUAAAAGUUACUUGAAAAUUUUAGGCGGGAACACAUCCUGAAGUUUUGGUGUUUGUGUGGCUCUGAUAGGGGGUUGAUUCAACUUGCCACUGAAGAAGGCAACCAGACAUGAGACAACAUCUCAGCUGCUGCAACUUCAAUCUUCUGCUCGGAUUCUUUCUUUCUUGAAUUAUCCUAUGAGCGGCAUGGUGUUUAUACACAUGCUUUGGCUAGUGUAAUAUAAGCAUUUUAGAUGAUGACCUUUUCAUGGAUGCUAUCCUUGAGGAUUAGGAGAAUUUCUUUGUGGAAUCAAGAUGCCUAUCAAUAAUUCACGCCUCUUUAUUGUGCAUGCCAGAAUAUGGGGUUAUUGGUCAUUGUAUCACAAUUGCCGAGCCGAGCCCGCUUGUGCCCUUUUUUUUUUUUUUUUAAUUUUUUAUAAAACCAUAAUUUGGGAAAAAGAGAAGGGAUUACAGGUAUAAAUAUUCAAAUUUCAGAUUAUGUUAUCUCUUAAAGAUGAAUACAUAAAUAAAUUAAUUGAGUUAGACAUCGGAUUUGAUUGACCAUUUUCUUCUUCAAUUCC